AUGCAGGUCAUCUGCGCAGGACUAUUGCGUACUGGAACCAGCUCAAUCAGCCGUGCCUUAGAGAUACUACUUGAUGGACCGAUCAAAUCCUGGAUGAAGGUGCUUUUAGAGUGGCCACCGACGAAUGCGGCCAUGGAACAGGAAAUCUUGAACACCACACGCGUUCGCACUGACGGCUAUGUUGCUAUCACUGACGCGCCUGGUUCCAACCUCGUUCAGGAGCUUGUGACACUAUACCCAGAUGCCAAAGUCGUCUGUAUAGUUUGUGAUGACAAGGCCUGGGAGAGGAGCAUGGGAGGGUUGAAUGGCGAGGUGUCACCAUCAGCUUUGCACUCUGUACUCUUUCUGCUGCCCACGAUGCGGCUCUUCCCAGCCUAUGUCCAAACUUUAAUCUUGCAUUGUGUCAAACUAUACGGGGAAUCAAACCUACCAAUCGUCAAAACAUAUCACCGCCAUAUCGCGUACCUAAAGAGCGUUGUUCCGCCGGAGAGGCUGAUCUUCUUCGACGUACGAGAUGGAUGGAAGCCCUUGUGCAAAGCACUGGAUCUCCCAGUACCCGAAAAUGUAUCAUUCCCCAAUAUCAAUGAUGGCAAGGCUAUUCAGGCGUUCGCAAUGAAGCAAAUCAAACGGGGUCUUGGGACAUGGCUUUUGUGUAUUAGCAUAAUAGGAGUUGGUAGCUUCAUACUGUUUAAGGCUUGGGGCACUCUAUUUUGA